AUGAUGGCGAUGAUGAUGACUGGCCGUGUGCUGCUGGUGUGUGCCCUCUGCGUGCUGUGGUGCGUUGCCGGCGGUGUUUAUGCGAGGGACCUCGACAACAAUGCACAGGAAGGCUGCAUGGCGUCGGGAGUGUUGGGUAUGAAUGCAUCGUAUGUGCCGAACGGAUGUAAUAAAUACAUGCCGAUGCCGCCUUUGCGGUCAGCACUGCCUAUCCCUGCCAUACAAGCCGAAGAUGAGCAAUUGACGGACGUUUCUCAGGAUGGGACCAAUUCAACCUCAGUCAAUGCUCCAGAAUCUGGUUCUGGAGUUGGAAGCGGAGGUUCUCCGGGCCCUGCUGCUUCUCCUGGUUCUCCGACAGGUGCUGGUGGUCCUGCUGCUGCUGCUGCUGCUGCUGGUCCUGCUGGUCCUGCUGGUCCUGCUGCUGCUGCUCCUGCUGCUCCAAAUGUUGUUCCAGGUGCUGCUGCUGCUGGUGGUGGUCCUAAUGGUCCUGCCGGUGUUACUGGUGGUAAUGCUGGCUCUUCCGGUGCCACGGAUGUUCUUGGUGCCGCGGUUUCUUCUGAUGUUCCUUCUUCUCUUCCUGCUGAUUCAGAAAAUAGUAAUGCGGAUUGCGGAGAGGAAGCGUCGGAUUGCGGAAAUCAAGAAAAGUUGGAAAAGACAAAAGUGGAAAAUCAGGAAUUGGAGGCAUCCAAAACACAAAAAACUCCAGCGACACAAAAUACGAAAUCAAAAGACAAUGAGGAGAACUCAACGGAAGCAUCAAGUACGGAAUUGCAGAAUACGGAAACCCAACAAGAAAUAAAACCGCCAGUAGAUGAGAAUGACACUACGAGCACCGAUGCAUCCACAGCGGUUGCCGCACAGAGUACAUCGGCCGGUAUUCAAGAAGAAGCAACUGAGUCAUCCUCCGAUGGCAGUCAUUCUCCACUUCAGGGGGAAGUAUUCACUGGAACGGACACUCCCGAGAAUGCUCCAUCUCCGGCUGCCGCGGAAGCAGAAAAACGCCAAGGAGAAAAUGUGACGAAAGAUGGCGACAGCGACAGCACCACCGCGGUCUCCCACACCACCUCCCCUCUUUUGCUUCUUGUUGCUUGUGCGGCUGCUGCUGUGGUGGUGGCCGCGUGA